CUUGAGGUCAUCGGGAAUUCCGCCUGGCUUCUUCUACUUCAGACACGUUACGGAGUACUUUGUCUUUUCCCCAAACCCUCCAGCCUCCCUCAUAAACAGCUCGGUGACUACAAACUCGGCUACGAUACAUCAACGUUUCGUUUUACCCACGACCGACAGACCUUGCCCUGGUCAUUCGUCCCCCUCCGUCCGCAAGCCGGAAUAACCAACUUCCACACACUUCGCGUUAACUCUUCUCUUUGAAGUGCCCCCACGGUCAAUUGGGCUAUUGGCGACCGCACAUUGAAAGAAAAGCAACGAUACCGGCUUUGAUCUUUUGCCGCGCGAGACACGAUAUCUGGUCCAAGGUUCUUUGUGCGCCGUAGCAGCAAUCCAGUCGACUGUUUUCCAUAAUGGCUCAGCAUAGGGGACCGUCUUAUGGCCUCGGUGUUGGGGGCCCCCCAACCUUCGGCGGUCCCUCCAUGGAAACCUCCGAGCCGGGUGCCCUAGACACCAUCCGCCAGUACACAAGCAAGAUUGAGGAUUUGCUGGAUACUGUCAGCGAGCCUGUAAAACCGUACCUCCCUGCCAUUGGCCGCUUCCUCAUUGUCGUCACUUUCCUUGAAGAUGCCCUCCGAAUCGUCACCCAGUGGAGCGACCAGCUCUUGUACCUGAAUGAAUACAGACAUAUUCCCUCCGGACUCACGCACCUCUUCCUCCUUGCUAACGUCAUUGCCAUGAUUACUGGGUCUACGAUGGUCAUUACUCGGAAGCAUUCCGAUUACGCCGUCAUCGGUCUUAUGGGCGUCGUUGUCACCCAGGCACUCGGCUAUGGCCUCAUCUUCGACCUUAACUUCUUCCUCCGGAAUCUCUCCGUUAUCGGCGGUUUGCUCAUGGUGAUGUCGGAUUCGUGGGUACGCAAGAGCAAGGCCUUCGCCGGCAUCCCCGAGAUCGACGAGAAGGACCGCAAGAUGUACUUCCAGUUGGCCGGCCGUGUACUACUUAUCUUCCUCUUCGUGGGCUUUGUUUUUAGUGGCUCGUGGUCCGUUGGGAGGAUAAUCGUCUCCGUCAUCGGCGCCAUUGCGUCCAUCAUGGUCGUCGUGGGCUUCAAGGCCAAGUUCAGCGCCACGCUCCUCGUCGUGAUUCUCAGCAUGUUCAACCUCUUGGUCAACAACUUCUGGACUCUUCACGAGCACCACCCCCACAAGGACUUUGCCAAGUACGACUUCUUCCAGAUCCUUUCUAUCGUUGGCGGCCUCCUUCUCCUGGUCAACAGUGGUCCUGGCCAGUUCAGCAUCGACGAGAAGAAGAAGGUAUACUGAUGGAGGACGUCACGCGUCAUGUCACACACCGUAAGGACACUAUCAUACUUCGAGGGGAAGGAUACGGUGGAGGAGGAAGAGGGUUUGACAUUUUUCACUGAAACGAAUCGGGAUGUCGGCCGAGAUUGUCAUUUUGUCGUAUUAGGAAGCGAAAGAUCUAGGCGGAUGAGGCUCAAAGCUACAACGGUCCCGCAACAUGAUGGGCAGCAGACCAGUACGAAGCAGUACGGUUGGGGGGAGCACCAAGUCGUGUUGCUCUAUUUGAUGCAACUGUAGAGAAAAGGGGGCUAGUUUUAUAGUCAAACUCAGGAUGGCGGGGUAGGCCGGGAGAAGCAAUAAAGGGAGUGCAAAAUGCUUGCUCUAUUCUACCAACAGUCGAAUACCUGACGGUACACAUUCUACUUCAUUCCAUUGGGCUGUGCCGUGU